UUGUUUUUGGCUCGUAAAAAAAUCCCCAUGUGUCCCACGCUGAGCUGUAGCCAAAGAUGGGUGCUGCCUCGUCCCAGUCAAUCACAUCCUCAGAUCCUCCAGAAGCAGAGGAGAAGCUUGCUUCUCCAUCCUCAAAGCCAAAGCGAUUUGACAAGUUGUGCAAAAUGAAGUCCUUUGGUUCCUUUGGCACGUUGGAACGUUUAGCUGCAACAGAGAAGUUCACAUCACGGACCCUUCGAACCUCCAAUAAGUUGGAUCCGCCUUCGCCUUUGGGUCGUGCCUGGGACGAUGCACCGGCACUUCCUGUGAAACGGGCACCCAGUGUACAACGUCGUGAGGCAGCUUCGAUAAAGCACAUCUCCACCGCACCCAAUUUGCGGCUUUGGGCCGCUGCUUCUCCGUCAGACACGGAGGAUGGCAGCAGUCCUGUGGCCUUGGGUACACCAGUGCUGGUUCCAACUGCCUCCAAUUUGCUGGGUUUUGACUGGGAUGCUUUGGAUGAAGAUGAGGAUGAGAAGCAGGAGGAACGACCAAUUUCCAGACAGGUCAGCAUGAAGAUGGCAAAGUCGAGUGGUAGCUUGGCAAUGGUGCCAGAAGAGGGUCCUCAGUUGAAGGUAGCCUUGCCUUUGGUGCCGUGUUCCACUCCACUGCAACCUGUAAGUGCCCCUAGCUCACCCACAUGGCGAGGCAUGCGCAUUGCCAUUGUGGUGAACGGCUCCCGUGGCGACGUGCAGCCAAUGGUGGCGCUGGCCCAAAAGCUUCAGGAACAUGGUCAUGAGGUUAUCAUAUUUACCAAUGCAGACUCCAUUAGCUUCUGCAACACGUUUGGUAUCGAUGCUGUCUCUGUUUUUGCUGAUUGCAGCGCUGUGAUCCAACAGAGCGGCGGCAUGAGUGGAGACUUCGUCUCCGGUGUUUCACGUGCCAAUUCAACGGCGUCCAAAUGGCUGCGUUCCAAUCCCGGGGCAUGUGCACCAGUGGCGGAGUGUUUGCAGGAGUUUCAGCCUCAGCUCCUUGUAUGUGGCACGCUGGCUGUUGGGAGCUGCAUCCGAUACGAAGCACAGACAUGUGUUCCUGUGGUUUAUGUGUUUCUUUGCCGAGAACUGAUGAAUUUCUUCAGCGACGUUCUGUAUUUGCAGCCUGAGCGGCCAUGUUUCCUUGCAACGAAUCCAUUGCUCGACAGCGAGUCCUUGCCCGCUAACCUCAGGCAGACGGGAACAUGGGAUCUUCCUGACUGGGCAGAAGUCCCUAGCAAAUUGCAGGAGUUCUUGGUGGAGAAGGGUGAUGGUGCUAUUGCAAUGGGCUGGGGAUCAAUGAUUGCCUUUGGGCUUUCACCUGAGAAGAUGCUUGCUUUGGCACUGCGGGUUUUGAAGUCUUUGAACAUGCAUGGCGUCAUCUUGGGCGGUUGGGCCAAGUUGGAUGAGGUGGCAGACCUCCUGUCGAAAGGAAAGCUAUGCAGAAUUGGUGAGGAUUGGCAAGAACUUGCUGAGUUUGCAGCCCACAAUGUGUGCUUUGUUGCGGAGGCACCUCACACCUGGCUAUUCCCCCGUUGCUCUUGUGUAGUGCAUCACGGGGGAUUGGGCACUACACAAGCCGCCCUUCGUGCUGGAGUGCCUGGAGUCAUCACACCAAUUUUUGGCGAUCAAUUUCAUAAUGCAUCUCAUGUGAAUCGUUUGGGAGUUGGCGUUGGUUUAGAGCAGCCUUUGCCGCAGCUCAGUGUCGCCCAAAUUGCAGAUGCAGUUCGCUCGGCUUGGAGUAUGGCCAAGGCGGUCAGAGUACGUUGAAGAAGUGAGCAAGGGAGGUAUCACGAUUUCCGGUCUGAAAGAUCCAAGUUUUGUUCCUAGUAGCUUCUUGUUCCUAGUAGUAACGCCACAGGAGCCCUUAGUAGCGUCCUUGCUCCCAGUAGCGAUGCCAGGAGCCCCUAGUAGCUUCUUGCUCCUAGUAGCUUCGACAUUCAUAAUUAGAUGGUCGCCAUUCUCCGAAAUUGAGCAUACUGUUUGACACGACUUGUGUGAUCUCGUGUGGGAUGGCGUGUCCGGCAAAGAUGUGCGGAAGGUUUCUCGAUCUGACUAUUUGUAUUAGCUUUCGAGCAAUCUUAAUCCUGGUGCGAAGAUAGCAAGGGACCAAAACAGCAAUCAUUGCAGCCGAUCCCAGGUCCUCCCCGAAUGUGCCUAUUCAAAUACAGUGAGUGGGCGUUUUGGAAAGGCACUCAGAAUCUCUUAUUCCGUGGUCUGAACACAUGACUAGCGGGAUAAAGGGGACCACCAUGGCUUUGUGCCCUUGGUAAGAGUAGAAUCAGCAAGAGUGUUGACCGUGUCAUGUGUUGGGGGCCCAAGGAACUAAGGUGACUGUGACUGCAACGGGGAUGACUUCGAGUGAAAUUCUGGUUCUUCCUCAUCGCAACACAAUGUAAGCCGACUAUGCAAGGUAAAUUAAAGAAACAAAGCAGGGUUGCUGGGCCAUCCAGAUUCCACAGCUUGUCAGAAGAGCAUUGUCAAGGUCGUUCUUAUUUGUCAUUGGAUAUAUAAUGAUAUAUAUAGAUG